CCGGUCCAUGCUACCAUCAACAUGGAGUUGGAGAAACCUGAGGUUUCAGCAGAAGUACAUUUUGCUCAAAAGUUAGCUGCAAAUGAAAAAAAGAUUAGAGAUAGGGCAAUUAAACGAUUACACAAAUACCUGUCUGUCCGCUCUACUCACGGAGCAGGUCUUAGUGAUGAAGACUUGUUGAAAAUAUGGAAAGGAUUAUUUUACUGCAUGUGGAUGCAAGAUAAACUUCUAAUACAGGAGGAAUUGUCCAAAAGAAUUACCAAUUUAAUUCAUUGUUUCCCAAAAACUGUGGAUUCAUUGAGAUUUGUAAAAGUAUUCUUUGAGACAAAUGCUAGAGAAUGGAAUGGAAUCGACAAACUGAGAUUGGAUAAGUUCUUAAUGAUGGUCCGUGAUAUGCUUCACCAGACAUUUACACUUCUGAGCAAUGAGGAUUGGCCAUUAGAUAAGUGCAUGAUGUUGACCAAGAUAUUAGCCAAGCAUGUUAUGCAGCCGGAUCAGCUUCAAUUGCCAGAUGGCCUGAAGCUCCACCUGUCUGACAUAUUUGUAGAAGAAAUAGCCAAAGUGCCAUUAGAUAAGAUGAGCAGUAAAAAAAUGAUGAUUUUGCUUGAGCCUUUCCUAUAUUUCAUUCUUAAUUCAAACAAAAUUGAGUUGGUGAAGAGGGUAAUGCUGGAUGUUGUCUAUAGGUCAGUGAGUCAUUUCAGUGGCAAGAUCCCUGAACCUGCAUUGUGGGAACAGAAAAUGUAUAAACGGAAAAGAAAGGAUAAAAAAGGCAAAUUGGAAGCUGAAGAGGAGACUGAAGUUGUCCAGAAAGAUGAAGAUAAGAAGAACAUUGAAGAUAUGGAAGUAGAGGAAGUUCAUAAUUUAUUUGUGCUUGAUAAAAGGUUAUUACUACUGCUGCUUUUCAAACAAGCAGAAAAGAAGACAACCAAGGCACCUAACAGAGCAGUUGUUUAUAAGUUUAUGAAGAAGUACCCUGAUGAAUUGGAGGCCAUUAAUAGAUUGGUUAAUAACCAGAAAAAUGAAAACCAAAAUGAACAUCAGAACAUCUGUGCUGCAGACAUUGAAGAGCUUGAGUCUCUGUUUUUAGAAUUUGCUGGGAAGGUUACAGACGAACAGAAAAAGAAGAAGAAAAGAAAGAACAAAAAGAGGAAAGCUGAAGACAACAUUCUGUGCAAUAACACAACUAGUGACACUGCUCCCAUUGAGUCUUAUCCUGCCCCUGUAGACCAGUCGACAGACAAAAAGAAGAAGCGGAAAAGAUCAUCGAUUGGGGAAGGUAAUUCUACAGUGGAUUCUCCUUUGUGUGCAAGUACUAAGUGUGAUAAAGAGAAUGUGCUGGUUAGUGACAGUUUAUUUCAAGGAAAUAAUUUAUCUGCUCAAAAGUCAAAAGAAGUUUCACAGACAGGAGAUGUGGCUAUCAAUAUAGUCAGCAACCCCCCACUGCUUGCUGAGGAUGUGCACCCUAGUCCAGAUCCUAAAAAAAACAAAAAGCGCAAGAGACGAUCCUCUGAAAAUUGUGAUGAGCUUGCUAAAAAGAAACUCAAAACGUCUGAUAAUGGAGAGGUUUCUCCACAGGGUGUGUGUGUUGCUGAAACACAUGUUCAUACAGAGAGUCCAGCGGCUGAGAAUACAAACUUUAAUGCCAGGAGUCGCAGCCAGAGCCCUAAAAAAGCAUCAGUCGAGUCUGUCGAGCUUGUCACAUAUUCCACAUUACAGUCUCCUGACAACAAAACCAAAAUUAAAAUGAAUAAAAUUCAUGGUCAGUCACAGCAGAUGAACUCUUCUGUUUCUACUAAGCAGGACUCGAUAAAGCUUUCAACAUCUUCCAGUUCACCUCCAAAAUCAAGUAAAAGUAAAAAAAACAGCCCACCUGGUGGCGUUCGUCCAUUUAGUACUGUUGAAGGCUGUGUUAAAACACCUCAGACUCCUACCAGUUCCUUGUCGGUCAAAAAAAGUCAUGGAGCACUAGACAACAAAAGUGACCCUGGUCCCAGUCGUCUAAGUAAAGAAAGCAAACCCUUUUCUACUCCUGCAAUAUCCAUGACUCCUGGAACUAAAAAGAAAGUUGUGUUUGAUCUGCGUAGAAACAAAGCCAAUAAAUUUAAAGAUUACCUGAUGAGCUUGGCCAGGCAGCCAGAUGCACCCUAUGAGCCCACUAAAAGUCCUUCAGUUGGCAUUUUAAAAUCACCCAAUGUCCAGCAGGUUGUCAGCACAGACUCUGACACAGAUGUCUCACAACUGUCGCUGAGUCAGAUUCUCAGAACUUCGGCUAAACAAUCGAAACAUUCAACACCCAGAAAGAAGAAACAUUAACUCUUGGCAUCGUUAGGCUUUUUUUAUAAUUAAAUCAUGAGCUUAGAUCUGUUAAGAUAUGUUGGUCUAAAGGUUGGCUUGGUCAACAAACUGGGGUACUUCGAUGUAUUUUACCAUCAAUUUUUUUUUUUAUUUGCUAUACAUACAAUUAAUUUGUUUUAAACUAAAUAAAAAUAGAUAAUUAAAAUAAAUUAGAAAGAAAAUAUUUCAAUAUAGCGUCUUGUUCUUGAGUUCAUGCUUUGAUGAAUUUAGCACAAGUUUUAGUAGCUCAAAUGUAUUCAAUAAUGAACAGAAUAUAUUCUUUAAUUGGAAUUUCACAUUGUGACCAUAACCGUUGUGUAUAUAUGUAUGUACUUGGACACUUUGUUUUCUUAAUGUGAUUAUAAUGAUUCUUAAAGGUAAAACUAAAGCUAGUCUUCCAUUUCCAUCAUAUGAAGCUAAAACUGUUGAUCUCGUUGAAAUAUAACAUAAUAUUUAUUUUAUCAGCAAGUAGAUUGUCAAAAAACAUCUUUGAAUAAUUUUUUUGGGGAAAUGACAAAUGGUUGUAAAAUUCCCAAAUGAGACUAAGCAACUACUGGACCAUGUUGAGUAAAUUGGCCAGCAAAAGUAUUACCUCAAAUGAAGGUCAGGUGCCCAACCAUUGGAGCUGGGUAGUUUAAGGGGAUGCUCCAAAAUUGAUAUCCCUGUCAUUUGAACUCAAGCCCUUUCGUUCAGCAGCCAGCUGAUUUACCAUUUGCGAUUUACUGCAUGCCACUGUGGUAAAAAGAAAUCUACUCAAAGUAUUUGAAUAUAAAAAUGUGUCUCGCCCCAUUGGGCGACUGUUUGAACAGUAAGCUAAUUGAUUUUUAAUUGUAGAAGGUAAUUUUUAAACUAAUUUUUUUUUCUUGAAAAAGACUACUGCAAUAGUACUCUAUUGUUAAAUCUGCCUAUGAGAAGAAUAAAUUGUUGAGAAGCAUCUCAUUGAGUUGAUUAAAUUCACUUGUAAAGAUUAACAAAUUUUUCACAUGUUUGUUUUUGUUACAUUUAAUUUUGUUCAACAUUUGAUUUCAAGUUUCCAUAGAAAAUUUUCUUGAAUAAAAUGUUUGAUGCAUAAUGA